AUGGUUGCCGUUACCAGGAUAACAAGAUCAAAGUCAAGCACGCCUCUGAUGGAGAUAUCGAGAGUGGAAAAAGUGGAGGUGGAAACCUUGACCAAGGUUGGAAAGAUAACCAAAAAGAAAACAGUGGCAAAAGUGGUUACCACGACGAAGCCAAAGGGUGAUGUAGAGGACGCCCUAGCACAUAUUUCUGUUCCUGUAGACUUGCAGCUUCCUGAAUCAUUUAGGAAGUUCCACCAUGACGAUUUCUUGGACGGAGUCAAGCAUAUAGUGCUGGUGGACCCGAAAUUGUAUCCGGUCGUUGUGUACAAAGAUUUCCCCUUAUUCGCACGAGAAGGAAGUGGUCGUGUGAAACUGAAGCCGUAUGGAGACGAUGUGAUCCUUCUGUAUUGGUACUCACUUGUCUCGAGCGUCAUCAGUCAGCAAGUGUCUGGAGCUGCUGCUCUUUCCAUAGAGAACAAGUUCCGUCAAUUGUUUGCCCCAAAUGAACCAUUACCAAAAGAUGUUUUGCUCAAGACUCAUGAAGAACUUCGAGGAGCUGGGCUCUCGAAUAAGAAGGUUGAGUACGUACAGCAUCUUAGUGAACACUUCAGUAAUGUAGAGAACAAGUUGGCUCAACCAGAGUUCUAUCAGACUGCUACAGAUGAAGAAAUUGCCGAAGAAUUGGUCAACCUUAAAGGUAUUGGACCCUGGUCAGCUAAAAUGUUUCUUGUUUUCACGUUGCAAAGACUCAAUGUGUUUGCCCAUGACGAUCUAGGAGUCGCUCGUGGUGCCUACAGAUACCUAGUGAAGAGACAACAUAUAUUAGAAGAAAUAAAACAACAAGUGAAAGCUUCCGAGGAUUUGACAAAAUUGCUCGCGAAAAGGUCGAAAUUCGCCACCUCCAAGGGGAAGCGUGACUGGACGCCCUACCAUGACGUUUACAUCAAACAAUUGGGCGAGAGGUUUGAACCAUACCUGCUGAUCAUGAUGUUACUUUUGUGGAGGCUUUCAAGCACCAAUGUAGACGUUUUGGAAGGAAGUAGCAACAAGAACGAAAACUAG